GAGGGGAUUGGAACACCUGGAAUCACAUGAUAUGGAGGGGAUUGGAGCACCUGAAUCACAAGAUAUGGAGGGGAUUGGAACACCUGAAUCACAUGAUAUGGAGGGGAUUGGAACGCCUGAAUCACAUGAUAUGGAGGGGAUUGGAACGCCUGAUCACAUGAUAUGGAGGGGACUGGAACACCUGAAUCAUGAUAUGGAGGGGAUUGGAACACCCCGAAUCACAUGAUAUGGAGGGGAUUGGAACUCCUGAAUCACAUGAUAUGGAGGGGAUUGGAACACCUGAAUCACAUGAUAUGGAGGGGAUUGGAACACCCGAAUCACAUGAUAUGGAGGGGAUUGGAACUCCUGAAUCACAUGAUAUGGAGGGGAUUGGAACGCCUGCAUCACAUGAUAUGGAGGGGAUGGAACACCUGAAUCACAUGAUAUGGAGGGGAUUGGAACACCCGAAUGAUAUGGAGGGGAUUGGAACUCCUGAAUCACAUGAUAUGGAGGGGAUUGGAACACCUGAAUCACAUGAUAUGGAGGGGAUUGGAAACUCCUGAAUCACAUUGAUAUA